UUGGUGAUUCAAACGCAUUUCUUCCAUGGCUCUGUUUUUAACCUCCACUCUUGCUCUGCUGGUUUGGCUCUCCUCUCUCCUCUUGAUUUCAAUAUGGAAGACAUUCUACAGAACUUGGAAACUUCCUCCUGGCCCUUUUCCUAUUCCCAUCUUUGGGAAUCUUCUACAGUUGGACGUGAAGAACAUCCCUAAAUCAUUUGCCAGGUUGGCCAAGGAAUAUGGCCCGGUGUUUACACUCUAUCUCGGCUCUAAGCGAGCUGUAGUAUUGCAUGGCUACGAAGUGGUGAAGGAAGUUCUCCUGGAUCAUAAAGAGGAGUUUGUCGGAAGAGCGGAUGUACCAGGUUUUGAAGUUCACAAAAAUUUAGGAAUUAUUUUCAACAAUGGAAACUUGUGGAAGCAAACACGUCGAUUUUCCCUCACAACUCUGCGGGACUGGGGGAUGGGGAAGAAGGGUAAUGAAGAGCGAAUCCAAGAAGAAGCUCAGCGUCUAGUAAAAGAACUGAGAAACACUAAUGCUCUACCCUUGGACCCCACCUCCAUCCUCAGCUCUGCCCCCUGCAAUGUGAUCUCCAGAAUUCUUUUCCAGAAACACUUUGACUAUAAGGAUAAGGAAUUUCUGAGGUUGAUGCAAAUAAUCCGUGAAAUCUUCUACCUCUUAAGCUCGCCCUGGAUUCAGAUUUUCCAGGCUUUCCCAUCUUUCCUUCGAUACGUACCUGGGACUCACCAUAAGUUAAUAAAUAACAUAGCAAAAAUGAAAAAGUUCGUGUCUGAGCAAGUGAAGGAGCACCAGGAGUCUCUGGAUCCCAACCACCCUCGGGACUUCACUGAUUGCCUACUCAUCGAAGCUGAAAAGCAAAAACAGGACCCACAGCUCGGAUUCAGCAUGGAAAACACCACGAUCACUGUAGCUGAUUUAUUAUUUGCGGGCACCGAAACAACCAGCACCACUUUGAGAUAUGGACUUCUCAUCCUCCUGAAAUAUCCUGAGGUAGAAGAGAAAAUUCACCAGGAAAUAGACAAGGUGAUUGGCUCCGACCGAAUGCCUUCCAUGAAGGACAGAAAUGAGAUGCCAUACACAGAUGCUGUCAUCAACGAGAUACAGAGAUUCAUUAAUCUGGUCCCCAGUAACGUUCCCCACAUGACUGCCCAGGACGUCAAGCUGAGAGACUUCAUCAUCCCCAAGGGCACUACCGUGUACCCGACACUGACUUCUCUCUUGUUCGACUGCAAAGAAUUUCCCAACCCUGAAAAAUUUGACCCAGAACACUUUUUGGAUAAAAAUGGAAAAUUUAAGAAGAGUGAUUACUUCAAACCUUUUUCUGCAGGGAAACGGAUAUGUGCUGGAGAGGGUCUGGCUCGAAUGGAAAUAUUUUUACUUUUAACCAGCAUCUUACAGAAGUUUUCUUUGAAAUCUCUUGUUGAUCCAAAACAGAUAGACUUAACUCCAAAAGCAGUUGGCUUUGGCACUAUACCACCAUCUUACCAAAUCUGCUUUGUUCCUCAGUAAGGAACGUGCAGUAAGAUUAUUUUUUACACAAAUAAGCUUGAUGGCUUUCUCACAGAACACAGUAUUUCUUCUCCCUUUGGAACUCUAAGUUACUUGAGGACAGAAUCAACUAUUUUCAAUGUGCA